AGAUAUAUGACAUUUGACGAUCAAUAUGGCCACCCCCGAGCCUACCAGCCCCCCUAGGGCAACAAGCGCAGGAGUUCUCGAGCCAUCUGAUCCCAGGCAGAAUUCAGCACGGCUGAAUAGGGAUGAACGGAUCCGAGUAUUAACCCUUCGAGAUGCUGGAUUUACAUAUCUUCAAAUCUCUCAGCAGCUUCAAAUUAGCUAUCGCCAAGUCCAAUAUACGUGCCAAAGCCAGCAAGCAACCCCUAAAAAGGCCCGUGGCAACCCUCCGAAGCUCUCCGAGGCUGAAGUUGAUCAUAUUAUCGAAUGGAUUACUUCUUCGAAGCGUACGCAACGUAUGCCUUAUUAUAAGGUUAUACAAGAGCUUAACCUAUCUAUUGGAAAGCACGCCCUGGCUCGAGCUCUUAAAAAACGAGGUUAUACACGAUGCAAGGCUCUUAAUAAACCUCCUCUAUCAGAUAAACAUAAACAAGUUACUUCAGGAUUUCAUACGAGAAUCUGGGUAACUAGAAAGGCUGGUGAAGAGUUAGAAGAGACUUGCAUACGAUCCUCUCCUACACGGAAACGUGGAUGGAUGUUCUGGGCUACUUUUCAUGGGAAUAACAAGGGUCCGUGUUUAUUCUGGGAGAAGGAAUGGGGAACUAUUAACUCGGAGAGAUAUUGUCAACGGGUUAUACCAAUUAUUGAUGGCUAUAUUCGCUUAUUACGAGACGAUAUCUGGCUUCAAUUUAUGCAGGAUGGGGCACCUGGCCAUGCGAGUAAGGAGACUCUCGAAGAGCUUCAUUCUCGUGGGAUAUAUCCAAUUUUUUGGCCAGCAUUCUCAUCUGAUCUCAAUCCAAUUGAAGCAGUAUGGAAUUGGAUGAAGGAUUGGAUUCAAGAACAAUAUCCAGAUGAUGAGCAACUUUCUUAUGAUCGACUCCGUGAGGUUGUACGAGCUGCUUGGGAUGCACUGCCUGAGCAGUUUUUGAAGGAGCUCAUUGACUCUAUGCACGCUAGAUGCCAAGCUGUAAUAGAUGCUCGAGGUGGUCAUACAAAAUAUUAG